GGCGCCGCGCCCGCCCCUUCCCCUUUCCCUUCGCUUUCCCGUCCGUGCCCGCGGCGGGGCCCGGGCGGCUCCCGGAGCAGCGCCGGCAGCAGCGGCCGCAGGAGUCAGGCUGAAGAAUAAUGAAUUAAAGUGACUGACACCAUGACAACCGUGAGACAGAGAAGGGUUGGAAGAGGCACAGAAGCAGCUGAGGAUCAGCCUUCAGAGGAGACAAAUGUGAAGCCUGAUGGGAAAAUUCUGCCUGAUCCUCCAGGUGGAAAGCUGUGGAGCAUACUCUCAGUAACUGUUGGUGGAAUUGUUGCCAUCUCUCUUGGACUCCUUACUUCUGUUUAUGUAGCUACACUGCAUGAAAAUGACCUGUGGUUUUCCAAUAUCAAGGAGGUCGAAAGGGAAAUUUCAUUCAGAACUGAGUGUGGACUUUAUUAUUCCUACUACAAACAGAUGAUUCAGGCUGCUUCCAUUCAGCAAGGUUUACAUGGUUUAGUAUAUGACAAUAAAACUGAAUCUGUGAGGACAAUUAACAUACUUGAAAGAAUGAAUGUUUACCAGGAGGUGUUUCUCAGCAUUCUGUAUAGGAUUCUUCCAAUUCAGCAAUACCUAGAGCCUGUUUAUUUUUAUAUCUACACUUUGUUUGGACUUCAGGCAGUUUAUGUCAUUGCUCUGUAUGUAACAAGCUGGCUUCUUAGUGGAACAUGGCUUUCAGGGUUGUUGGCAGCUUGCUGGUAUAUUACAAACAGAGUAGAUACCACAAGGGUAGAAUUCACCAUUCCUUUAAGGGAGAACUGGGCACUGCCAUUCUUUGCUGUUCAGAUAGCAGCCAUCACAUACCUGCUCAGAGCUCAUUUACAGCCUGCUCAGGAGAGGCUCACACUCAUGGCUGUAUUCAUAGCAACGUUUCUCUUUAGCCUGACUUGGCAAUUUAACCAGUUCAUGAUGCUGAUACAAGCAUUGGCAUUGUUCAUACUGGACUGCUUGGACAUGAUUCCCACAGCAAAGGUUACAUGGCUCUAUAUCAUUCAGAUUUCUGGGUUACUGCUGGUCUGUGUCCUACAGUUCUUCAAUUCUAUGAUUCUUGGAUCAUUACUUAUAAGUUUUAAUGUUUCUGUCUUAAUAGCAAGGACAAUCCAGAAAAACCUAAAAAAGGGUGGCUUGCUUAAUAGGCUUGGGAAACUUAUCCUCCAUGUUCUACUAGUCUUGUGCUUGACUCUCCUAAUAAAUAAAUUCAUUAAGAAAAUUCUUAAUCUUGAAUCAGAUGAGCAUAUAUUCAAAUUCCUGAAAGCAAAAUUUGGAUUUGGAGCAACAAGAGAUUUUGAUGCUAACCUCUAUCUUUGUGAAGAAGCCUUUGGUUUAUUACCUUUAAAUACUUUCUCAAGACUCUCCAGUACCUUACUGUUUUACGUCUAUGGAUUUGUUCUCUUCCUUCUGACAGUAGCAGCUGUAAUUGUUGCCUUUCGGAACCUCAGUGGUUCAAAUCAAGUCCAUUUGAAGGACAAAAUGGAAGAAUACACAGUGACACUGAAGCCUGAGGCUGCCUACAGCUUGGUUCACACAGUUCUUUUUGGAUGUCUGGCAUUAAGCACAAUGAGGAUGAAGUACCUCUGGACAUCCCACAUGUGUGUGUUUGCAUCCUUUGGCCUGUGCAGUGCAGAGGUUUGGAAACUCAUCCUGAAGUGUCUCCAUCUCUACACAUCCCAGAGGACACAGGUGAUUAAGUAUUCUGUACCAAUAAUUACAUUACUGUACAUUUCAUUUAAGUUCUGGCCAGGAAUAAUGGAUGAACUAUCAGAGCUGAGAGAAUUCUAUGACCCAGACACUGUGGAGCUGAUGAACUGGAUUAAACAACAGGAACAACAUGCUCAUUUGUGAGAUGGGGAAGAAUAUCAGUAGAAUGAGCAAAUCAAUAGCGUGAACUUCCCUCUCUGUUUACUGCUGGUAAGUGCUAAAGAAGCAAUGACUUCUGCCUUUAAAGGGGAAAUCUGUCUACAGUUGUGCAAUAUAUCAGCACCAGUUGCCAAAACUCACAGAAAAAGUUCUUUAAAAUCUUGGGCAACAGCCAAAACAAUAGAAAAGUUAACUGAGACUGAGAUUCAGCAGAGCAUGGUUGGAUGUCAGUACCUGAACCAGGUGUGGGGACAAGCAGGCAAAUUUUUAUAUUAGUGGAAACCCCACAAAUUUCCAAAGAAUUCCUAAGGUUAUGCAAUGAAACACCCAUGUUUCAAUGGUGGUUCUUUCUUAGUAAUUGAUACUAAUUUAUAUUAAUGGCUACAUUUAAUUUCAAGCCAGCUUUAAAGUUUAACUCUGUUACUUACAUUCCUGAUUUUCAAGGUAAUCACACUGAAAUCAACUUGUGUUCCAGACUUUAAAGGCAAUAUUACACUUUUUUUUUUAAUUAUUGUUCGUAAAUUCUUGGGCUUUUGUUGGACAGACAUGUGAGUAAAUUCCAGGCAUGAACCUGAGAGUGCUGAGAAGUAGGUUUAUAGCAGCUGUGUAGGUGCUCUCCUUUAUGUGAGCAUAAUCUGCAUGCAUAAAAUUGAAGCUGGGAUUCACAUCUUGUUGCUCUUUCUUUGUGACUGUCAUGUUCCAAUUUUUCAAUUUUCAGCCUUUCCAAACCAGAGGGAAAAAAAAGAACCAUGACAGUGUGCCUGAAUAUGCUUUGCUGCCUAUCAUCUGCAGCUAAAUCUGUGAUGUUUUAAUAUUGCAUUCUGCAAAUAAAAAGAUUUUCUUUUUAAAGAAAAAGAAAAAUCUAUCAUGGCAUAUUCUUCAGAAUCUCCUUUUCUCAAAUCCUUUCACUUUGUUGAUUCAUACCAUACUCAGGCACUAGUAAAGGAAUAAUCUGUGAUUUGUUAGAUUUUAUGGCUUUGAAAGUCAAAGGGUUCAAGUCUGGAGGAUUUCUACUAGGAAUAGCCAUUUUAUUUCUGAUGAUGUAACCUGUAAUUGCAAUGUUGGCCAUUUCUUCCUUAGUGCUUCCUAAAAACACCUCACAAUAAUUCUUUAGUAUUUUAAGAGAAAGAAUUACUACCACUUUCAGAGUCUGUGCAAGUAUUUCCUGUAAAACCCUUUCAUUUUUAAUGAGUUAUUCUUUUGUAUGUAUAUAAUUCUCUAAAUUCUUAAUUGUAAGGUAAAGAAAAGGCUCCUACACUAUAAUAUAGUGCUUAGUUUUACCCAUUAGCUGAGCUGUAAUUAACUUGUUGAAAGCUUAGAGCUUCAAAAAUAAAUGAGAUUAUUUGUUCAAAAUGCCAUCAGGUCUGCUUGGAAUGGCAUUUAAAUUAUAUAAUGUAAAUCAGUUUGACCUGUAAGUCCUUGUCAUUAUUUAGUGACAUUUCCUAGAGAAUAAAUUGUUUGCGGGUUGGGCAGUGUGGUAUGGAGCUUGGCAGAGAGCUAUAAAAACAAAUUAUCCUUUCAUUUUAUACAUCAUUUGCUGAGACAGUUGUAAAAAUGGUUUGGUUUUAGAGUAAUAGAGAAGUGUCAUUCAGGGUUUGCAGCACAGGAGGUGCCCUGGCUGCAGAGCCCUGCAGGAGGCAGGAGCCGUGCUGGCCCUGGGAAUGCUCCUCAGGCUCCUGUGUGCCCAGAACUCAGCUGGGGCACCCACAAGAGCUCCUGGGGAGGGAACUGGACAGGGCAGACACUGCCUGGGGCUCUGUGCCACCUCCCAGGGUCACCUCCCAGCUCUCAGCCCAGGGCACUGAAAUCCAGCACAGGGAAAGAGGGGUUCCAGUAGCUGAUCUGGAACACCUGAGCUGCCCAGUAAAACAGGGACAGUGAUGUGUCUGAAGGAGAAUCAUUUCCUAGGACUUCAAACCUGUAAAUCUCAGGGAAACAUCUGCCUUUACCUGGAACACCAGAUUUUAAACUCCACCCCGACCAAAGCACUUAAUGCAGUUGUUUGAAAAGCAAGAAAGGGUCACUUGACUGUCUUCAAGGGAUAAGGAGAGCAAAAAGUGCUGGCAAAACUCUUUCUGUCUAGUAAAGAUGCAGCUCAGCUGUAUUUCACCCCUUCUGGGCAGGAGUGAAUGCUCUUGGAAAGGGGAGGAAUGGAGCCCUGAAUCCUCUGCAUGAUCCAUUUGCUGAGGGAGAUUCCCUGGGGGCUGCAGCUCCAAUCUCUGCUCCCUGUGACCAGAGCAGGGUCAGCCUGGAGAUCAGGGAAAGGCUCUGCUUCCCCAGAGGUGCUGGCACUGCCAGGGGAUGGGCACAGCCCUGAGGCUGCCAGAGCUCCAGGAGGGUUUGGACACCAGGGAUGGACAGGGGGAUUGCUGGGGAGUCUGGACAGGGACAGGGGUUGCACUGGAUGAGCCCUGUGGGUCCCCUCCAACUCAGUGUGUUCUGUGGUUCUACAUUUUUGACAAGCAUUUUUACCAGUAGGUUAUUAAUAAAGGGCACUACACCCUUUAGCCUUUGUUUUAAAGAAAAGAGCCUGCAGGCUGGUUUGGCUUUUUUGUUUGAUUUUUGUCCUGUGGUUUUGCCUCUGGUCCUUGUUGGGAGGGGCUGUGUGAGUGGGUUUAAGAAAGUUUGAGUCUGCUACAGAGCCCAUUAUAAUGCAAAUCUGCAAUCAGAAGAGCAGGGUUGCCCUGGUAAGGCCAGACAGAUUUUAAAAUUUGAAUUAAUCUUGAACAACCACAGAACCUACUUGUCACAUUAGAAGUUGCCUGGCCCAGGCAUAAGCAGAGGAACAUGUUGAAGCUGCUUUAAGCAUCCUCAUUUUUAUUUGGGUGUCUGAGCUCUCCCAGUCCCUCUGUGAGUCCAGCCCGUGUCCUUUGCAGCUCAGUCCUGCACACUUGUGCUUUCCCACAGCUCCAGGGAAAUCCUGCCUGACAGCCUGUCAGGGCCAUCCCAUUUGCAUAGUACUAAAUUCUAACAGGAAUUAAUUUAUUUUAAUGGAACACGUACUUCAGGACACUUGUGGCUUUGAAUAUUUUAAGUAAUAAAUAAUUUCUUAAGAGAUCAAAUAUUUUCAGGCUUUAAAAUGAAAUUGGUUUUAUAAAGUGCUGAAGGACUGGUCUAUCAGGAAAGUUAAACUGACCUAUUAAAAUACUAUCCCUGGCCUUCCUAGAUGAGAUUAAUGUACCAGUGCAAGAUUUUUUAGGAAGGGUUUGUAAUUAUUAAUUCAUUUGCUAAGCAUAAUCUCUUGAAAGGCGAUAAUAAAAUUUAAUCCUUGUCUCAACAUUUUCAAGCUGAUCAUGGAGCUUAAAGCAGACUGAGUGUGUAGCUGCAGUUUCCAAGCUCCCUGAAGUGCACCCCUGAGUGUCACAGUUACUGGAGUACUUCAGUGUGUGCAUGGGAUAUUAGGCACCUAUUCACAUUCUAAUUCCAUUUGAGUUGAUUAAAUGUGUGCUGAUUUCUGUUGGUUUAGUCUUCCCAGACCCUUGCAUGGUUAUGUGCCUGCUAAGCACCAGAAGACACUUCAGCAUACUCUGGCCAGUUCCAAUUAGCCUGAUUACAGGACUGUCCAUGGCCUGGCAUUUUUACUCUUUCUUUUUGCUCUGCCCUUCUGUUGUGUCUUUGCAAAUAUUUAGAUUGUAAACUUGUUGGGAAGAAGGUAAGCAAAAAUAAUUAUUUUCAUUAUUGGUACUUGAGUGAUCUUGAGAUACCAGGGCUGCUAUUUGGAAUUUCAAAGGUUACAGUAAAAAAAGUGACAGCACUGUUCUGGCAUCCUCUGCCCCAGCUUUUUGCAACUGGAAUGUCCUUUUUCAUAGUUUCUCUCCCACAGUUGUCAGAAUAGGAAGAGUAAUGUCUCAUUGAACAAAGUUUUUGUUCUAAGUACAUGGUGAAUGCCAGGACAAGAACAGAAAGUUUUACCAUUGAGAUUAAAUAAUUCAUUUUAUGUAAAGUACCUUAUAUUUAUCAGACUGAAACUUAAGUCACAGUAAGUUUCUUGAAAUAUUAAAAGAAUUAGAAUAUAGAAACCUACAAAUAGUCAGAGGCGUUAUGAACCUGAGAUAGAUAUGAAGUACAGAAAUAGUUUGAAAUUUUCAGGGUCAGGUUUUCCUUAGAUUUCCUCAUAGUGCUUAGUAAAUUUUUUAUUUGCAGUUGAGUAUUAUCAUAAUGUAUCCACUUGGCAUUUGAAGAAAACACAGUUGCUUGAACAGUUUGCUCCCUGGAUAGAGGAGAAGCAGAAAAAUACUUUUGCAGUCUUUUUUUUCCUUCUGAUCUGUCCCAAGCAUUGCAAAAAUGCCCCUGCAGAGACUCCCUCAGACUUAUCAACAUUU